CCCCGCUGAGCCGGCGGGGCUGGCCGCAGGCUGGAGAGCGGGACAUGGUGCUGGAGCCCCCCGUGACGCUCCCCGCGUGAGGAGCUGGAGCGAGGCCACGGCGAGGGAGCCCCGAGGAUCCGGCUGAGGAGCCAUGGGGAGAUGCAACGGGCGGUGCACGCUGGUGGGAUUCUGCUGCCUGCAGCUGGUCGCGGCGCUGGAGAGGCAGAUCUUUGAUUUCCUGGGAUACCAGUGGGCCCCCAUCCUGGCGAACUUCUUACACAUCAUGGCCGUGAUUUUGGGUAUUUUUGGGACGAUCCAGUACAGAUCCAGAUACCUCAUGAUGUACGCGGUGUGGUUGGUGCUGUGGGUCGGCUGGAACGCCUUCAUCAUCUGCUUCUACCUGGAGGUCGGGCGCUUGUCACAGGACCGAGACUUCAUCAUGACCUUCAACACCUCCCUGCACCGCUCGUGGUGGAUGGAGAACGGCCCGGGCUGCCUGGUGACGCCGGUGCUCAACUCCAAGCUGGCGCCCGAGGAUCACCACGUCAUCACGGUCAGCGGCUGCCUGCUGGACUACCAGUACAUCGAGGUGGUGAGCAGCGCCACGCAGAUCUUCCUGGCGCUCUUCGGCUUCGUCUACGCCUGCUACGUCAGCAAAGUGUUCCUGGAGGAGGAGGACAGCUUUGAUUUCAUCGGCGGCUUUGACUCCUACGGGUACCAGGCACCGCAGAAAACGUCGCACCUGCAGCUACAGCCGCUCUACACCUCGGGAUAACCGGAGCCAGCGGCGCCAGGACCCCGGCGGAGCCCCCCCCGCCCGAUGCCACCACGGCGAUGUCGCGUCCCGUCCCGUCCCGUCCCG